AUGGAUGAUUUUAACAAUGACCGCCAAGUAGAUAUCAUCGGCGCCAAUACUGUCGCAAAAAAUGUUGCUGUACUUCUUGGACAUAAAGAUGGUUCGUUUACGAUUGAAGCAACGUAUCAAACUGGUCUUUCCGCAUACUAUGUUGCAAUGGGUGAUUUCAAUUGUGAUUCUCGACUUGAUAUUACUGUAGCUAAUGAAGACGACGGUAAUAUAGGCGCGAUAUUCGGAUAUGUUAAUUUUACUUUUCGAAAUCAUGCAACUCUCCUAACGGGCGACAGAUCUCGACCAUCGUCGUUCGCAAUAGCUGACUUGAAUCAUGACCAACAAAAGGAUAUCAUAGUAACUAACAGUGAAUCUAACAGCGUAGGCGUUUUUCUUGGCUUUGGUAAUGGUUCUUUUGCUUCUCGGGUGACAUACUCAACUGGAUCUUAUUCUUAUCCUAGACAUGUAGCGAUUUAUGAUUUCAACAACGACCUACUAUUAGAUAUUGCUGUUGCUAAUUACAGCAGAAAUAACAUAGGUAUACUUCGCGGACAGGGUAACGGGACAUUUUUAGAAACACCCCACCCAUUCAUCUUGUUCAUGAAAUUUUUGUGA